GCCAUGCAAUUUCAUAAGUGAGCAUAGAGAAUGUGCAUAAUUAUAAAUAAAUCAAGAGUGUGGCGCACAUAAAUACAAUGUGGCCCAUGUAAAAAUAAAAAAAUACGCGAGUGGCUUCAAGUGUAGCGUGGAGCUUUCUGUGAAACCACGUGGCUGUGUGUAUUAACACGCAACGAUCAAAUUCCUUGAGGCGCUGUAAAGUCGAAGUCGAGGUCCAAGGGUAAAAGGAACAGACAGCCAAUAUGGAAUGGGAUUGGGCUGUGGGCGGCAUUACGGAUGAGAUACCGCGCACCACGGGACCCGAGUGCAUUAACUACAUGACCGAUCGACGCCGAUGGACCGAAACGGCGCUGCUGUCCGCUUUAUUCAUCUAUAUCAUGCACGGGAACUGGAAGCGUUUGGCGCCCAUACGAUUGCCCCCGACACACGAGAUACAGAAAUCGCACAGUCCGAUGCGGCUUUUCCUGCUCAUCAGCAUGUCCUUCGUCUUUGGCAUUGAGAUGGGCUUCAAGCUGGCCGGAGGUUCCAUGAUAUUUGCACUGAAUCCUUGCCAUGUGCAAACGUGUCUGCAGAUUUAUUUGCUGGCUGCCAAGCCCACAAAGACAACGACUGCCUUGUUUCGUAUACAGAUGAGCAAUUUGAAUGGACCAUUUCUGGCCUUUGUGUUUCCCGAGGUCGAGGGACGCACCUACCCCUUCGAGCAGGCCACCUAUUGGAUACAGCACGCGCUGCUCUACAUUAUACCCAUUUACAUCUUGAGAAGUGGCGCCUACACAAUCGAGGACUUGGGUGACUUUAAGUGGGUCAAAAUCGGCACGGCCUUCAUGCUCUUCUAUCAUUUUGUGCUGCUCUCGCCAUUAUCCAUCUUAACGGGCAUCAAUCUGGAUCAUAUGCUGUGCGCGGCCCUAUCGGAUCCGUUUCAGGGUCAAAACUACAGACUGUUCGCCUGUUGCCAUCAGGCGCUGCUGUGCCCGCUGCUCAGCAAAGGAACAGUUUUGCUGUUCGGCUCCGGGAAGAGUCGAUGCAAUGAGAAUGGCAUACACAAUAAUGCCGCUGGGGGUCGUGAUACGUAUACGCCGCCGGGCUCGGAGCAUGUGCUGUAUCAUCAGCUGCCGCCACAGCAGGAGUAUGUUACAACGGAGGCGAUGACGGGAGAGUAUACGAUGCCCACGACAAAGAUUGACUAGUAUAGCGCGAAUAUUGAGAACAGGCUAUGUCUAUGUCUAUUAUAACCGUCAAUUUAUUACACAAUUUGGUUGAGAUAGCCACACUUAGGUAUGGUUUCUUUUAGAGCCCGUAACAUUUUGUAGCUAGUUCCAUAGUCCUGUUGCGAAUUAUAUAGUGUACAUAAUAUUCAAAAUAAGGCUAAAAAAGAUUUAUGCUCAUUGAGGUAAUACUUCAAACUAAUGAAACAGUUCGAAA